CAGUAUCCUGGCCAACACGAGACGUUUUCUCAUGUUUUAAAACUUGCCGUUUUUAUUGUUUUUUUAUACCCAAAACUUUUGGAUAUCUUUAAUUUUGGCAAAUGGUGAAAAUCAUGUCAGGCGAUUUCAUUGAUCAGAUCUUUGAACAGAUCAGUCGAAUGGACAAUUCUAAGGUAAUUUUCGGUUCUCAAACGGUAAACGAAGAUUCAUCAACGCCUUAUUCGGAUGCGACCAACUGCAAAAAAACAACUUCUCACGUUAAACGGCCGAUGAAUGCGUUUAUGGUUUGGUCGCAAAUUGAAAGGCGAAAAAUAUCCGAGGUCGCUCCCGACCUACAUAAUGCCGAAAUAUCGAAGCGCCUAGGAAAGCGAUGGAAAACUUUAAACGACGAAGAACGACAGCCUUUUGUAGAAGAAGCGGAGCGUUUACGUCUCCUGCACUUGAAAGAGUAUCCAGAUUACAAGUAUAGACCGAGGAAAAAGCCAAAGAGUUGUGCUCCAGAAAGUAAACAAUCGCAGAAUAGCCAUCAGCUGGCUACCGUACAAUCGAAGCAAAGAAAACUAUCCCAUAAAUCAGGUAUAACAAAACCAUAUAAGACCGUGCACAAAGUGAAGAUAGACGACCGUCUCAAAUCUUCUGUACGAGAAGCGCCUAUGCCAAUUACGAUAGCUGCUCAACUUCCAACUUCUCCUACAUCAACAGCCACACCAGACUCACCCGACUUUUAUUCACUAGAUGAGAGCCCUGUCUCAUCACCCGCGUCUAAUGCAACAAGUUCAUCCAUAUGUCCUCCACCAAUGUCUGUACAGGAGUUGCAAAACGCUACUCUUGCUAGCCUGACGGCACUUCCGGCUGACGAUCUGUCUCUUGAUGACUUGGACAACAUACCAAUCAAUGACGUUCUCGGCUGGCCCGGUUCAGAAUGUGGAGAUCCUACAUCUACACCUACAAUAACUUUUGCUGAGAUGACGCCUGUUGGUUCAACUUUCGACGACAUUGUCAAUUUAAAUCCUCCCGGUGUCAACGACUGGCUCGACUCGAUUGCUCAUUGA